AUGGCUGGUCGGACCCUAGCUCUGCGCUAUGGCCCUCCCUGGCCCCCCAUCUCUGGGACCGAGCUGCCUGGAUCCUGGCCCAGCUGGCACCUCACCAGCAGUGGUGUCGCCCACCACAUUAUCCCGCCCCUGCCCUUCCCCCCGCCCACUCUCCAGUCCACGGUGGCGGAGCCCCUGCCCCCAGCCGCAAAGCCAGGUUUGUACAUCGGGGCUUUCGACGAGGUCAUCAACAGAUGGGAGACAACUUAUGGCUCGGCUUAUGUGCUCAAGACCUACGGCGGGCCCUACGCGCAGCCCAGGGCCCCAGAGCCUGCGGACCCCAUGCGGAUCUUAGGGAUCAAGGAUUUGGGGGAAAAGCUCAGACACCGCGGCUGGUACCUCCCUCUGAUCACGAAGCACCAGUGCAGUGAGACGAGGGCACAGUACAGCGGCUGGCCCGGUCUGGACCAGGGCGCCACCCUCUACGCCGGGCCCCAGGCCCCGGAGUGUGCGGACCGCCACCGCGGCGGCCCUUCUCAGGUUCUACUCCCCCGGACUAAGAGCCCCGCGCGGGCCGGCCGGCCUUUCGCAGUACCCGAGCGGGGCAUCCUGGACCGCCGUCAGUUCUACCUGACCACCGCGGCGCGCGACUUCCGGGCCUGCCCGAAGAAGGAGUUGCUUGGAUCCCCCCGCAAGGACUCGCUGGCCUACUGGAACUUCGAGGAGACUCCCAAGGCCUGGGGCCGCAGCCCGCAGCAGCCGCCCUGUCCGCGCUUCUCUCGGUUGCCCCAGCCUCCGCGGAUCCGUGUGCCCCGCGCCCGCCCGGUGACGCCUGCUGUGCCGCACCGCGGGGCGCUGCCUCUGGUUCGGGAGUCCUACAGCGCCCCGCUGCACCCGCUCCGCCGGCGUGACCGUUUCUGCCCGCUGGAGCUUCCCUGGGGCGGUCCCCACUGGAAGCCUGUGCCGGGCAUCUACAGCGUGCCGCAAGCCUACAGCACGGAGAGCUCCCGCUACGGCAGUUUGAAGCCCGCGCUCGUCUGA